UGGGGCAGCUUGACACUCUUUCCUGUGUCUCUGGUGUCCUGAUCUGAGCGGCAAUGAAUAUCAAGGCAGAUUAACUUCCCACAGCUACCAUGGACUUAUCUGGUUAUCACCCACGGUCACCUCAGUCUUUGGUCUCCGACUCUGACAACUACACAGGUGAUCAAAUAAACUUGGAAGGACCAUCAACAUCUCAGGAGCUAAAGGCAGAACCAGAUGGCAGACAAGGGGCAGAGGAGAGCUGUCCUGUUUGCGGAGACAAAGUGUCAGGAUACCACUAUGGACUGCUCACCUGUGAAAGUUGCAAGGGAUUUUUUAAACGCUCAGUGCAGAAUAACAAGCAUUACACUUGUGCAGAACAACAGAGCUGCCCCAUGAACCUCUCCCAGAGAAAACGUUGUCCGUUCUGCCGUUUCCAGAAGUGCUUGGCAGUGGGCAUGAAACGAGAAGCUGUAAGAGCAGAUCGUAUGAGAGGUGGCAGGAAUAAAUUUGGCCCUCUGUAUCGACGAUACAGGCAAAUGAAACAGCAGAUGUAUCCCCAGGUGAACACUGCCCCCUUCAGGAUAAAGAUGGAAGCUACAACAACACAUCAGCCCACAGCUCCAAAUGACUUUCACAAAACAAGCAGUCCUCCAAGCCCAUCUUUAUCUCCUGCUGUUUUUCAUCAGUCCCACAUGGGGCAGUCAGGUGCAUCCAUGUCUAUGAGUGAGGACAUGGUCCUCACAACUCCAUCCCUUCCCUUCUCUGGACUGCACUACCGCACAUUUCCUGGAUUUAUCCAGGAGAAAAGAGAAAUGCCUUUGUGCAACAGCCUGGUUCCUGCAAACUACACAGCACAGCCUAUUGCAAAUAACCCAUUCGCACCCAGAACCAUACAAGCACCAUCGCCCUGCUCAACGAACGUAACCACACCACCCUCUCAAACCUCCAGCAAAACCCAAGACACUCUCUCAUCAGCCACUCUCACAACCAACUUCCUGAGCCGGCUCAUGGAGGGAGAGCAGGAUGAGAGCCAGCUGUGUGCAAAGGUUCUAGCCAGCCUGCAGAAAGAACAGGCCAGCCGAGGCAAGCAUGACUGCUUGAAUACGUUUAGCAUCAUGUGCAAAAUGGCUGACCAGACUCUGUUUGGGCUCGUGGAGUGGGCAAGGAACAGUGCACUCUUCAAGGAACUCAAGGUGGAGGACCAGAUGGUUCUGCUGCAAAGCUGUUGGAGUGAGCUACUUGUUCUGGAUCACCUCUGUAGGCAGGUGACCUAUGGCAAGGAGAGCUGCAUAUAUCUGGUCACAGGACAACAGAUUGAGGUGUCAACGAUCAUCUCUCAGGCAGGAGUGACACUAAGCAACCUAGUAUCAAGAACGCAAGACCUUGUGUCUAAACUUAAGGCACUCCAGUUAGACAGACAUGAGUUUGUCUGUCUUAAAUACCUGGUGUUAUUCAAUCCUGAUGUGAAAUCCGUGCAGAGCCGCAGGCAGGUAGAGCAGACUCAAGAGAGGGUCAACAAGGCCUUGAUGGAACACACAAUACAAAUUCACCCCGGACACUCAGACAAGUUUGGCCAACUGCUGCUCCGUCUACCUGAAGUACGUAGCAUUAGCUUGCAGGUGGAGGAGUAUUUGUACCAGCGGCAUCUUCAGGGAGAUUUGCCCUGCAAUUCUCUGAUUACUGAGAUGCUUCACACCAAACACAACUGAGAACUGACAGUGGUCCAUGUUUUUUGCUAUGACUUUCUGCACCUAAAUGUGCCUUUCGCAUCCAAUUGUCCUUUGUACUUGUGAUGACUGUACCAAGAAUACAGUAUGGUGUGUCAAGAAAUAAGUGUUAUAUGUGGUAUAUUAUGUUGUCAAAAACAAGCCUUAGAAUAGUAUGUAAUUGAAAAUGUCAGAAGGUAGUGUAUGUCAUCAAAAAUAUGCUUUAGUAUAGUAUGUGGCAAAACCAGUGUCAUAGUGUAAUAUGUAAUAAAGGUAAGGUAAGUAUAGUACCAUAGUGUCAUAGCAUAGUAUGUGAGCAAAAAUAUGUUUUACUAUGCCAAGUCAUAGUAUAGUAUGGGGUUAUGUCAUAGUAUAGUGUGUCAUCAAAAAUAUAUAUAUACUAUUUUAGUAUAUAUAAUAUACCUUAUGUCAUAUAUAUAGAAUAGUAAAAAGUGCUAUAGUAUGAUAUUUAGCAAAAAUCACUCUGUCAUAGUAUAGUAUGUAGGAGAUUGAGACAAGCCUUCAUGACUUCUUCUUUUCAGUGGAAACAAUUCACCACCUAUCCAGGUGGAUUCUUCAGGCUGAGAAAAGUUAACUGGAAGCCACAAAUUUUUUCUCCUAUGAGGAGUCACUUCCAACCUGCAAACAAUUGGUCUUAUUACAUUAUGUGGUAAAGUGUAUAGUGAAUAGUGUGUAAAAAAAGUGUUAUAACAUAGUCCCAGUCAUAAGACAGUAAUCAUAAACAGAUCGUAGUAUAGUAUGUAGUGAAAAAAGUGUGAUAUUAUAAUAUGUUGUAAAAAACAUGCCUUACUAUAUUAUGUGAUGUAAAAAGUGUCAUAGUAUAGUAUGUCCUCAAAAAACAUGCUGUCAAAAUGAUGAGAGACAUUGGAGUGGAAAGUGUGUCCAUGGUGCCCGAGGUAAAUUUCAUACUCCAGAUGUAUCAUGUCACUGACCGUAGUUCCUGGUUGAUGGGUGUCACCGUGCACUCCUAACUGACCUUGUCUCUUUUUAAGAUUGGUUAUAUCACUGUGCUAAUUGAAAGAAGUGCCAAAGUCUUGUGUGGAGUGGUAAUAAUGCCAAAAAUAUGCCUUUGAAUAUUUUUGGGUGAAAAAUGCCAUAAUAUAAUGAAAGGGGUGGGGGUCCCACAAUAUAGUAUGCUGUCAAAAAAGUGCGACUGUGUUGUACCAGUGCAAAAGUAAAAGUACCAGAGUAAAGCAUGUCAUAGAAAAAAGAAAAUUAUAUAUAUAUAUGUUAUUAUAUAUUAUGAUUAUAUAAUAGAGUAUACUAUUAGGUGAAAAAAGUGUCAUAAUACUGUAUGGGAUGAAAGAAGUGCCCUAGUAAGUAUAGGGUGAAUAAAGGGUUAUGAGGUGAAAAGAAUGCAAUAGUACAGUAUGGGGUGAAAAAGGACUGUAUUGUUGUAUAAGUUAAAAAAGUGUCAUGCUAUAGUGUGUCAUGAAAAGAUGGCUUGGGGUGAUUCUAUGUGCCAUAGAAAUGUAUGUGGUGAAAAAAGUGCCAUUGUAUAUUGUAGGGUGACAAAAGUGUCAUAGUACAAUAGGUGAUGUUAUAGUAUAGUACGUUAUAAAAACAAAUACUAUAGUAUUUGGUUAAAAAGUGCCAUAGUAUAGUUUGUUGUCAAAUAGGUUCCAUAGUUUAGUAUGGAGUGAAAAAAAGUGACACAGUAUAAUAUAGGAUGAAAAAAAUGUAAUAGUGCAGUAUGUUGUCAAAAAAAACGCAUUAAUGUAUUUUGGUUUUAUAUGUACACUCAAAAAAGCUCAAAAGCAUUUAUUACAAAUUAGUCUCACUUUAGCAGAUUCACCGUAUUUGCAGCACAACUUUCCCAAGCUGUACGGUCUUAAAACUGUGUCUGUGUUAAUGUAAAUGGUAAAUGAAAAUAGAAAUAAAAUUUAAAAAGCAUAUGAUGACUUAAAAAGGAUUUUUAUUUGUGGUCCAGUUGCAAAGGGUAGUCUAUUCAUUAAAGCAACGUUCAUAAUGUGCUGGCACAGAUUUGAUGAAAAAAACAGAAUGAAAACAUGGUCAACAAUGUCUAUGAAAUGAAUGAGUGACUAAACACCUUAUCAAAAUAAAUGAAAAAUGAAAAAAAAAGAAA